AUGGAACCUUUUGCUUCAUCGGAUAAGGUGCAGGAGGUCGCUCAGUUUCUUCAUAUGGAUAAGUUUAUUAUAAAUGAUGGGGAGUCUGGGGAUUUUAAUAUUAUAAAGGAUGACUCGGAGCGUAGAGGUGGUAGACCACGUCCGAGAAUGGCUAUGGAGGAUUUUAAUAAUUGGAUUGAUAAUUGUGGUUUAAUAGACAUGAGGUCGUCGGGAAGAAGAUUUUCUUGGUGUAAUGGCCAAAGAGGGUUAGCUCGUAGUUGGGCAAAAUUGGAUAGAGGUUUAGUUAAUGCCAGUUGCUUGACAAGAUUUCCAAAUAUGAAUAAUUGUUAUUUAUCGAGAUCAACUUCUGAUCAUUCGCCUAUGUUUUUACAAUUUCAGUCUGAUCUUUUUAAGUACGGACAUUCUCCAUUUCGGUUUCAGCAGAUGUGGAUAGAUCAUCCAGAUUUUCAUCAGUUUGUGGGUAGGAUUUGGACAGAGGAGGUGGGUGGUUUUGGUCUUCUGAAGCUGGCUUUUAAGCUUAAAAAAUUAAGAGGUUCUUUACGUGAAUGGAAUAAGGGUAUCUUUGGUAGAACUGAAGCUCAUAUUCAGGGGUUAGAAAAUAAAAUUGAGGAAUUGGAAUCUGAUCUACAACAGAAUUGGAAUUCGGGGAUUGAACAGGAUCUUGUGAGUAAAAAUAUGGAGUUAGCUAGUUGGCGUCGACGGGAAGAAAUUAGAUUGGCUCAAUUGGCUAAAAUUAAAUGGAGGGCGGAAGGGGAUCAAAAUUCAUCUUUCUUUCAUGCGAUUUUGUCUUUUAAACGGAAAAAAAGAGUCUUGGACAUGAGAUUACAAGAUGGAACUUAUUUGGGAUCUCCUGAGGAGAUCUAUUUAAGUGCUGUCAAUUAUUUUUCAAAUUUUUUACAAUGUGAAAGUCAUGAUAGUUUACCGGAUUUAUCUCAUAUUAUUUCGGCUGUUAUUUCUUUGGAGGAUAAUGCGAUUCUUGGGGCUAUUCCUUCGAUUAAUGAAGUGAAAAAUGCUCUGGAUUCCAUUCCUUCUAAUAGUGCGCCAGGGCCGGAUGGUUUUGGUUCGGGUUUUUUUAAGAGUGUCUAG